AUGAGUUUAGUUGCGAACACUGGGAAAUUGGCUGGUCGUACCCUUUUUAUUACGGGUGCGUCUCGGGGUAUUGGGAAAGCGAUCGCCUUGAAAGCAGCAAAAGAUGGAGCAAACGUCGUUAUUGCCGCCAAAACUGCUGAACCACAUCCUAAAUUGCCAGGCACUAUAUACACAGCCGCAGAAGAAAUUGAAGCUCUUGGAGGAAAGGCAUUACCAUGUAUUGUAGAUGUAAGAGAGGAAAAACAAGUUCAGGCAGCUAUUGAUGAAGCUGUGAAAAAGUUCAAUGGUAUUGAUAUUCUCGUAAACAAUGCAUCAGCUAUCUCACUGACAGGGACAGCACAGACUGACAUGAAGAGAUACGACCUCAUGCACAAUAUCAAUACAAGAGGAACAUUUUUGGCGUCCAAACUAUGCUUGCCGUUACUGAAGAACAGUGACCAUGCUCACAUCCUUAAUCUAUCACCACCACUGAAUAUGAGCCCUUACUGGUUUUCAAUUCAUGUUGCAUAUACAAUGGCUAAAUAUGGAAUGUCCAUGUGUGUUCUUGGCAUGAGUGAAGAAUUCAAACCUUUGAACAUUGGAGUUAAUGCUCUCUGGCCUAAAACUGCUAUUGCAACGGCCGCCAUAGAAAUGUUAACAGGCGAUACCUCCACCAGUCGUAAACCAGAAAUUGUUUCAGACGCCGCUUAUUUAAUGCUAUGCCAGGAUCCAAAGAAGUACACUGGAAACUUCGCCAUUGACGAAGACGUUCUAAAAGAGCAUGGAAUAAAAGACAUGACACCAUACGCAUGUGAUCCAAAGAACGCGGAUAAACUACUCCUGGACGGAUUCCUGGACGAUCCGGCUGCAAUCGGUCACCACCAGACUGUGACCACCGCUUCAAUUAGACGUUACCAUACAACCACUGUCAAUCACGCAGAGAAGGUUGGUCAUGUGCGGCAACUAAUCACUUGUAUUGCUUUAGUAUUCGGCUCUUGCUGUAUUCUGUGUUGCCAAAAUGUAGGUAAUAUAGCGAAUCUGUUGCCAGACUUCUUUCUGGAUGUACCUGGGGAUGUCAAGGAAGAAGUCAGAAAGACUGAAUCCGGAGGUCAGAUACCACAAUUGUUUACCACAAUCAGCAAAGUAAUCACACCUGAACUUGUGAAAAAAACUCAAGCUGUCUACCAGUUCAAUGUUAAGGGCAAAGAGGAAGGAGUGUGGCACAUAGAUCUGAAGAAUGGCGAUGGAGCGUGUGGUCAGGGGGAGCCAAAGAAUCCCCCAGAUGCAACCUUGACUAUGGACAGCACUAAUUUCGCAGAAAUGUUUGCUGGUAAAUUGAAGCCAACAACUGCAUUUAUGAUGGGCAAAUUAAAAAUUAAUGGCGAUCUGCAGAAAGCUAUGAAGUUAGAGAAGAUGAUGAAAUCAUUGAAGACUAAAGUU